UCCAAGAACCAUUUUGACCGACGUCUCGUCUAUUUACAGACAACAUACAGACAGACAGACAACAGUCAAGUGUAGAGCUAGGCUAGCCAAGGCUUGGUGUGCUUUUGUUUUGGUUGUUUAUUGUACACUAAAAACUACUGUUUAUAAACUCAAAAUAUUCUUAUAUUUAGCAAAUCAUAGUUUUUGAACUUAAGUUGCUUCUUCUUAUAAGUGGCUUGUCAAUUUUAAAAAACAGCAAUUAUGAUGCCUAAUCGAGUAAAUACUAAUGAGACUAGUAGUAUAAUGAACAUAAAGGACAAGGAGAAAUACAUUGAAGAAUUUGAUUUUCCAUUUUGUGAUGAAGCUUCUAAGUACGAGAAAAUUGCAAAAAUCGGACAAGGAACAUUCGGGGAAGUUUUCAAAGCAAGAGAAAAGGCCAAUCCUAAAAAGAUAGUUGCCAUGAAGAAAGUUCUAAUGGAGAAUGAGAAAGAAGGUUUCCCCAUCACUGCACUGAGAGAGAUAAGGAUAUUACAACUAUUGAAACAAGAAAACGUCGUGAAUUUGAUAGAAAUUUGCAGAACAAAAGCGACUGAAUUCAACAGGUACCGCUCUACCUUUUAUCUAGUCUUUGACUUUUGUGAACAUGAUCUGGCCGGACUGCUUUCAAAUGUGCAGGUGAAAUUCAAUCUGGGAGAAAUAAAGAAAGUUAUGCAACAACUCUUGAACGGGUUGUACUACAUCCAUAGCAACAAGAUUUUACAUCGUGAUAUGAAAGCAGCCAAUGUUCUAAUUACCAAAACAGGUGUUCUGAAACUGGCUGAUUUUGGGUUGGCACGAGCAUUCAGCGCCACCAAGAAUGGCCAAGUGAAUAGGUACACGAACCGCGUGGUGACACUGUGGUACCGGCCGCCAGAGCUGCUGCUGGGAGACCGCAACUACGGACCGCCGGUGGACCUGUGGGGUGCCGGCUGCAUCAUGGCCGAGAUGUGGACCCGCAGCCCCAUCAUGCAGGGCAACACCGAGCAGCAGCAGCUGACGUUCAUUUCGCAGCUAUGCGGCUCCAUCACACCCGAGGUCUGGCCACAGGUCGACCAGCUCGACCUCUACAACAAGAUGGAGUUGUUGCGCGGACAGAAACGCAAGGUGAAAGACCGCCUGCGGCCAUAUGUAAAAGAUCCCUAUGCGUGCGACCUCAUCGACAAACUUCUGGUGCUCGACCCAAGCAAGAGGUGUGACUCGGAUUCGGCUCUGAACCACGACUUCUUCUGGACCGAUCCGAUGCCGUGCGACCUGAGCAAAAUGCUGGCUCAGCACACGCAGAGCAUGUUCGAGUACCUGGCGCCUCCGCGACGCCCGGCCAACAUGCGCGCCCAUCACACACACGCGCACCAUGCGUCGCACGCACACGCGCAUGCGCACUCCAGCGCCGCGCAUGCCACACGCGUCUCCAGCACGGCUAGUGACACCACCUAUCAGGAUCGUGUUUUCUAAGCACAUUGUAUCCUUGAAAUCGUUAACCGUUACGCCAAGCUGAGAAGUACGAUCUUGGUUCAUCAUAAAUAUUUUUAAUUAUUUUGUGAGUGUAUAUUUGAUGUAAGAGUUCAGCCCUGCUGAAUCUAUAUUCUUUUUUCUACUCGGUGAAGUUAGGAAACUGUAAAAUCUGUAAAUGUAAAAAGACAUGUUCGUGAGAAUUAUUCUAUUAGAGUUCAAGUUUUAUCAUGGUUGUUUUAUAAAUUAAUACUCUGCUUGCAGUCCAAUUCCUAAGAAUGAUCGAGAAAAUGAUUAUUAUUUUACAGUACUUUGAAAUUUUUGCAGUGAAGUAUCAUCGCACACAAUUCUUGAAUCAUUUGAAGGUGUUUAUAUUUUUGAUGUGAUUGUUGAACCCAAUUAAAUGUAUAUCGUUAAUAAAUGUCGCGUGUGAACUGAAUAUAUAUAUGUAAUUGCAUUUGCCUGUAGAAUCAAUGAUCAAGGAAUAAUUUGAACUUGAAAGUAUUUUUAUAAUUUCUAUCGCCCAGCUUGCAGGCUAAUAAUUAUUUAAUUUUCAUGAAAUGGAGCCCAACUGUUUAAAUCAAAUUAUUCUUCAUUAUUUCUUCUUCAUGAUGCUAUGUGAACUGAAGUUAAUUGCUUUUUUCUAUAAAAUGUGUUCUUAAAGCUUAAGACUGUUCAAAAAAAAAAUUCCAUUAAAAUAAAAAUAAGAUUUUUCAAAUCAAAUAAUUCAAUCUCCAAUGAUUAUAGUUUUACCUUUUUUGUCAUUUCGAAUAUCAUUCAUGUAUUUAAUUGUGUAUAUUUGUAUUUUGUGAUUUAUGUUAAGUUUAGCUUUGAAUAGAAUAAAGUUAUUAAUUUUUACUCAUA